AUGUCUGCAGAUGGACUGUGGAUUGCCCACUAUGCACCCCCCACAGAGACCCUUACCGUUCACAGGCUACCCGCAAAGCAGUCGGCACAAUCACACGUUUAUUCAAUAGAGUCCUUGUCACUCCGGAUAUCCCCUGUCUCUUCUCUAUGCAUGCAUCCCGAGUUUCCGGUGCUUUUGGGAGUACCGUUGGAAAAGACUGGCUCUUCAAUCCCUAGGGGACCGUCUUCAUUAGGCUCCUCAGCGCCAAAUUCGUUGAAGCCAUUGUCGCCAUCCAAGACGAGCGAUACUGCUCUAACGACCACCAAAACCAAAACCAAAAUCCAGCUUACUUUGUUCAGCUUUUACUCUCGGCCUAUGGUAUUUACACCCCUUAUUGUCGAGGUGGAAGCUCCCGCUGAUAGGACGCUUUCACCAUGGUGUAUCAAAUACUCACCUUCAGGCAAAUAUUUGGCUGUUCAUGCAAGAUCUUUUUCGAAUUCCGGCUUAGAUACAAUCAACCAAAUUUAUAUUUUUGAUACCAAGAACAAUUAUUCUUUAGUCACGUCUACGGACGUAGAAAGUGGCAUAGAAGAUCUCGAUUGGAAUCACAAAUCUGACACCUUGAUAGCUGCAGGAUCCCAUGGUCAAUUGCACCUCUAUGAGUUUGACCAGAUGAAUGACGAGUUACUGCUCAAAAAAUCCAUGAAACUUUCAUCCUCGGCAUUGUCUUCGAUAUGCUACUACGAAGAGAUCAAUGAAAAGGAUGACAUCAGCGCAGGGUUGCUGGUUGGAACGAGAGACGGAAAUACAUUAUUCAUUGACCCAAGUACAAUGUGCUGUACAAACUCAGUGUUAUUUGAUGUUGAAAGCCCUGUUUUGAAAGUUUCCCUUGGUCCCAAUGGCAUUGGUAUCGUGUCAUAUCUUUCAUGCAAUAACGAGCCAGCGUACAUUAUUCGAAUAUCUCAGCAGGGUGACGAAUAUGAGCAAAUAGCUGAAAUAGACGACAUCUUCCCAACAUACAAUGCAGCAAGUGAUAAUGCCAAUGCGACAACAGGAUGUGGAGCCUUGGUAACCAAGUUUGGAAUUAUGGUAUAUGUGAAGAAGGAUGGCAAAGUAUGCUUUGAGACAUUGAGUGAACUUUUGUCUAAGAAGGAUAAGACUAAGGCUAAGGUAGAAACUGUCACAUCGAAAGCAACCAAUCCGAAGAAAAGGUCUGCUGACUUGUUCAAUAAGAUUAAGGAUAAAGAGAAUUUGGGCACAAGCAGUGGCGUUAGUCUGAAAAAGCAAAAGGACAGUUACGGCAAGUCUCAGCGUGAAUAUUGGGAUUCACGACAAGGCGUCAGAGAGAGGGAAAAAGUUGGCAGAGAAAAGGAUGUGGCAGAUAGAGGGAGAGACCGAGGAAGAGACCGAGGAAGAGAAAGAGAUAGAGAUAGAGAAAGAGAGAUAGAUAGAGACAGAGCCAGGGAGAGGGGUGGCAGGGAAAGUGACAGAGAUAGAGAAAGAGACAGCUGGAGAUAUAAACGUGUUAAUCGAAAAUGA